CUGAGGAAAUGAAUAUAUAUCCACAUCUAUAAAGUAACAAUCAUGUCAAAUCCAUUGGUGAGUUUGGUAAAGAACAUGAAUAUAGUUACCAGCUUUUGGACUUUGGCUGUGCCGUGUAAGAACAAACCACACCAAGCUUUGACUGUCUUUAAGAGUAGAGUAUAUGUUAACAACAUGGGUUCAAGGCAUCUACUUUCAUAUACAGUUCUCCAUCUUUCUCAUUCUGUUACUCUACUUUUCUGGAAAGGAAAAAAACAAUCCAACCAGAAUAGAAUAACCAUUAGAAAGAAGCAUCCAAAAAUGUCCAGAAUUUCACUGCCAUUUCUCACAACCCUACUCCCUGUUUACCUUUUCUACUUCAUCUACAUACAAUUCCAUGCAAGUUCACAAACUGUCAAUGUAGACCAGGCCAUCUUGCUUGAUCUCAAAGAACAAUGGGGGAAUCCACCCUCUCUUUGGUUAUGGAAUGCCUCGUCCUUGCCCUGUGAUUGGCCGGAGAUCAUCUGUAGAGACAGCACGGUCAUUGGAAUCUCUCUGAGGAACAAGACUAUCACUGGGAAAGUCCCAACUGUCAUAUGUAACCUGCAAAAUCUCACUGUGCUUGAUCUUUCAUGGAACUAUAUCCCUGGUGAGUUCCCAGAAGUUUUAUACAACUGUUCCAAGCUCAAAUAUCUUGAUCUUUCAGGAAACUAUUUUGUGGGUCCAAUACCCCAAGAUGUAGACCGGCUUCAAACUCUACAGUACAUGGACCUUAGCGCCAACAACUUCUCAGGCGAUUUUCCGGCUGCGCUAGGGCAGUUGUCAGAUUUGAGAACUUUAAAAAUUUACAGAACUCAAUGCAAUGGCACAUUGCCAGCUGAAAUUGGCAACUUGUCCAAUCUUGAAACUUUGAGCAUGGCGUAUAACACUUUGCUCGUCCCAUCGCCAAUACCAGAAGAUUUCAGGAAACUGAAGAAGUUGAAAUAUAUGUGGAUGACAAAGUCCAAUUUGAUAGGUCAAAUCCCAGAAAGCUUAUUGGAACUUUUAAGCCUUGAACACUUGGAUUUAUCCAGUAACAACUUGAUAGGUUCUAUUCCUGUUGGGUUGUUCUCUUUGCAGAAUUUAACCAACUUAUUUCUCUACCAAAACCGAUUGUCCGGAGAAAUACCCAAGUCGAUUCGAGCAUCAAACUUACUCAAUGUUGACCUCUCUACGAACAAUUUAAGUGGCACGAUCCCUGAAGAUUUUGGGAAGUUAAAAAAGUUGCAGGUCUUGAACUUGUUUGCAAAUCAGUUGUCUGGAGAGAUUCCAGGAAGUCUAGGCCUCUUACCUGAACUGAAAGGUUUUCGUGUAUUCAACAACAGCCUAACUGGAGGCUUGCCACAAGAAUUGGGUCUGCACUCAAAUCUGGAAGCAUUGGAGGUUUCAAUGAAUAAACUAAGCGGUUCCUUACCUGAACAUCUCUGUAAAAAUAGCGUCUUACAGGGAGUAGUUGCUUUUUCCAACAAUCUUAGUGGCAAAUUGCCGAAAGGGCUUGGCAAUUGUAGGACUUUACGAACAGUCCAGCUUUCUAACAACAACUUUUCUGGUGAAAUUCCUCCAGGUCUUUGGACUACUUUCAAUCUAUCGAGCAUAAUGUUAGAUGGAAAUUCAUUCUCAGGUGAGUUACCAGAUAGCUUAUCUUGGAAUCUCUCGAGACUGGCAAUAAAUAACAACAAAUUUUCGGGUCAAAUUCCUCAAAAUGUGUCAGCUUGGCGAAACUUGAUUGUAUUCGAGGCAAGCGACAAUCUGCUUUCUGGUAAGUUCCCUGAUGGAUUGACAAGUCUUCCUCAUCUUACCACACUUGUAUUGAGUGGUAAUCAACUCUCAGGCCAACUUCCAACGACAAUUGGUUCGUGGGAAUCAUUGAAUACUCUAAAUCUCUCUAGAAAUGAAAUUUCAGGCCAUAUUCCUGCAGCAUUUGGUUCUCUUCCUAACCUCCUAUACCUGGAUUUAUCAGGUAAUAACUUCACAGGUGAAAUCCCACCUGAAAUUGGCCACCUAAGACUGGCUUCCCUCAACUUGUCUUCCAAUCAGCUUUCAGGGAAAAUCCCAGAUGAGUACGAGAAUAUAGCAUAUGGAAGGAGUUUCUUGAACAACCCCAAACUGUGUACUGCCAUCGGUGUACUUGACCUUCCGAGCUGUUAUUCUAGACAAAUAGAUUCAAAAUAUCAGUCCUUUAAAUAUCUUUCCCUCAUUCUAGCUCUCACUGUUACCUUGCUCGUAAUUGCUUUACUAUGGAUUAUCAUCCUAUAUAAAAGUUAUUGUAAAAAGGAUGAAAGAUGCCACCCUGACACAUGGAAGCUAACUUCAUUCCAGAGAUUGGAGUUCACAGAAACGAAUAUCUUGUCAAACUUGACAGAAACCAAUCUGAUCGGAAGUGGUGGAUCCGGCAAAGUGUACUGCAUAGACAUCAACCAUGCUGGUUAUUAUGUAGCUGUCAAAAGGAUUUGGAGUAACAAUGAGUUAGAUAAAAAACUUGAGAAAGAAUUUCAAGCAGAAGUUCAAAUACUAGGCUCAAUUCGGCAUUCAAAUAUAGUGAAGCUGCUAUGCUGCGUCUGGAAUGAGAAUUCAAAGCUUUUAGUCUAUGAAUACAUGGAAAAUCAGAGCCUAGAUAGGUGGCUUCAUAAAAAGAAGAAAAGGUUAACAUCUGCAGCAAUGAAUUUUCUUGAGCAAUCUGUCUUAGACUGGCCGCGGAGGUUGCAAAUUGCUAUUGGAGCUGCACAGGGCCUCAGUUAUAUGCACCAUGAUUGCUCUCCACCAAUCAUUCAUCGAGAUGUGAAGUCGAGUAAUAUCUUAUUAGACCGUGAGUUUCAGGCAAAGAUAGCAGAUUUUGGGUUGGCCAAGAUGCUCGCCAGUCAGGGAGAGCCCCACACCAUCUCUGCAAUAGCAGGAUCAUUUGGCUACAUAGCCCCAGAGUAUGCCUACACAACGAAAGUAAAUGAGAAGAUUGAUGUCUAUAGCUUUGGGGUUGUACUCCUGGAGCUUACAACAGGAAGGGAACCUAACAGUGGAGAUGAGCACACAAGCCUAGCAGAAUGGGCAUGGCAGCAAUAUAGUGAGGGAAAAACUAUUACUGAUUCCCUUGAUGAGGAAAUUAAAAACCCAUGCAACUUCGAAGAGAUGAGUACUAUGUUCAAACUUGGUCUAAUUUGUACGAGCAUGUUACCUGAAAUACGACCUUCGAUGAAAGAAGUUCUGCGUAUUCUACGCCAAUGCAGUCCUCCAGAAGCUUGUGAUAGGAGAAAGCAUGCCAUUGAAUUUGAUGCUAUUCCCCUCCUCGGCACUCCUCUAUGACAUCAACAAGAUCAUUACUGUUAUGGAAAAUUAGCUAGAGCAAACAUUUCAAUUGAUUGCUGUUUGUAUAUUCCAGCUGAGAUCCGGAAUCACUAAAAUUGCUACAAAGACCCCCCCCAUCCCAACUUCUAUCGAUGUAGUGGGACAAAGAAUUGGGAACGUUCUAUUUUAAUGAUGGAAAGAAUCUUGCAGUAGUCAAUUUAUCAA